AGAAUUGUUUUGAAUGGUUACAGCGCGCGGUAUGUAAACCCCUCGACUCAGCCUGCCAUCUCUGCGGGCUCAAUUGAUGUGGGUAAUUAUCGAUGUUCUACGCUGUAAUGAGCAAUUCCUUAAACUCCAUCAUGCUGAAACUAAGAAAUUCCAUGGAUUCGACCCAGAAUGUAACAGAUUUGAAUGCACUGUGUGACGUCAUCGAUCAUCUGGAGAACUUCCCGAUGACUAUGAUUCAGUUACAGGAUACUAGGAUUGGUCAACUGUUACAAACCAUUCGUCACAAGGUUGACCCACCUCUCCAAAAACGCAUUAGACUUAUUAUCAAAGCAUGGCAAAAGCUACUAUCCUCUGAAUAUUCUCAUCAAUAUGUCAUUCCUUUGAAGACGUCCGACAAAAAUAUACCUACGUCACCUAAAUCGAAUGGCACACCAACUAAAAUACCUGCUCGUGAAAGAUCGAAGCAACCAGCAGAUGCUGUAAAUGCAAUACAUCCUUCUCAGAUGAAAAGCUCCGUACAUCUCACAAAGCGAAAUUUCCCAGAUUCUUCUCCAGAAAAACUCAACAAAGAUAAUUCACAAAAACCCUCUGUGCAUCAAACAAACCAAAACGAUAACUAUGUUUCAAAUAUCUCUAAACGUCUGAAGUGCAUAGACACAACAUCAACAGUCGUCCAGGUUAAAAGUCCGAGUAACCUUGUGAAUGGUAGUAAAUGUAUGGAAUCUCAACCUCAGAAUACCAGGUUUAGAGAAAAUUUAGAUACUUCAGUACCUCAAACAACUAUUUCAACAGCGUCUCGGUCUCCUUCAUCGAAGCUCCGAGUAUCGAAUUCCAUGCGUUUGACGAAAGUCAAAUCAACUGCAGAAUUGGUUCAAGCUGCAGGAGAUUGUAUUGAUUCCGUAACUGCUGACCGCAUUCUUACAAACAGAAUCAGCAAAGAAGUCGACCCUCCUCGAGUAUGUUCUAUAAUGCAACCCACAAAAACACGUCUGGCUCGUACAAACUCUGGCUCUCAGUCAAGUUCACGCUGUGUCUCUACCAAUAAUAAUGAAAACUCGCAUUCUCCUAAAUGUAACACAAUCUUAGAUGUUAAGUCGGAAAUACCCUUGGAGUGUAGAGAAAAUCCUGUUGUUUGUGAAAAAGAUCGUAACCUAACUUCUGAUUCGGUUAAAAGUGUUAUACCUCUUGUAAACGUUUCAUCUACCAAUAAUCAAAGUCCUAUAAGUUAUAAUAAUGAAAAUAUAUCCGAUCGACUAUUAUUCAAAGAUGCUCAGAACAACACUGCGUCAAAUGCCCGGAAAGUUAAAAAGAGAAAGAAGCAUAAACAUUACAAGAAUGAAGCUGAAAUAUUAGGUCCUUCCAGACUGCAUUCCAACCAACUAAAAAGGCACCGUAAAAACAAAACGGUUCUCCCCCCUGUGACUAAUUUUAUGAAUGAUUGGCCUGACCUACCAUGUUUGCCGGACGAAAUUGACUGGCAUAGUCUUGACCGCAGUUAUGUAACUGUCUGUGAUAACAGUUCUACGGGAAUUUCAGAAUAUAACUCGCCCAAAAAAUGUACAGUAGGUGCAGAAACUGAAUAUGCUUGUAUUUCUCCCACCAAUUUACACUCAAUCAUCCUAGAUGAUCAGUAUUUACAUAUACUCCCUUGGGUUGAUAUGAUUGGUUACAAGCGUCAUUUCUUCCCUUCUUGUUCCGAUCAGGAGUUGAGUGAACUAACUACAAUGCCCGAGCCUUGGUGAUACGUGUGAUCCCGUUGAUAAAUCUUUAUUCAUGGUGCCUUUCUAUGAGAUAAACUGACCUGUUCUACUUGCUUCUUUCAAAGUGUGACUAAUUUUGAUGUAUCUAAAUUUCCUUUGGUUUAACACUGAUGCAGAUACCAUGCAGCAUUUAUUUCACUCGUCAAUAGUAUGAUUUCCCGCCGUUCAGCUCGGUCUGGUAUCUCGACAGUAAUUCAGUCACUUGUUUGUGUACCGGACGUAACUACCCAUCUAGUCUAAGUGGUUUUUGGUACUUUAAAUUGGUAGACCACUUUUCUCCUGAUACACACAUAUCGAAAGCCCAAUCCGUGUUUUUUGGACGUUUUUACUCAGUCUGGGCUCGGAAAUUUUUGUACAUAUAUUAUUUGACUGUUUGCUUUAUAAGAUUUGAAAAAAAAAACAUAUAUAAAAAGUACUUAGACACG